GUUUGUCCGUACAGUUACAGUAUGAAGCGGCUCAGUUUACUGGCUCUAUUAUUUUUGGGUUCCUGUACACUCGUGUGUAGCGACCUGCCAACCCCUAAGAAUAUUACUCUUCUUACUCGCAACAUGAAUUUUGUGCUGGAAUGGGAUUGGACUUCAGAUCAGGAUGCAGACUGCUCAGAUAUUACCUUCACAGCCGAGUACCUGGCUAAAUUCAAGAUAACAAGGCCUCCAAAAAAGCAGAACUGGAAGUCUUUGUGUGUAGCGACGACUGAACGCCGCUGCGAUUUUACCUCAGCACUCCUGCAUUAUCUCGGUGUGUGGCUGCUACGUGUGAGGGCUCAAUGUGGCUACAACGUAUCGUCCUGGGUCCAGAUCGAGUUCUGUCCUGACCGGGAUGCUCUUCUUGGACCACCCUCUGCAGUGAGUGUGACUCCUGUUAAUGGCUUGCUACAGGUCGCCAUCACUGACCCUCUGUCCAAUACCAAUGGCUCCAUGAAAGAGUGGCUGCCCAGGAUGUACUAUCUUAUUCAGUACUGGGAAAAAAAUUCAAAGACUCAGACACCCAAUGAACUAAAAACUUCAUAUAACCUGGUGAUUCUGCCUAACCUGGAGAGCUGGACAUGGCACUGUGUGAGAGUUCAGUCCCGUGAUGACUUCUACAACAAGACCAGUGCUUUCAGUCCUACGUACUGCGCUCAGACUGAUGGUCAGACUCCAUACUGGAAGAUGUUUCUAUUUUUUCUGUUGUCUUUGGUGCUGAGUUUCCUGGUGGUGCUGGGAAUCUACGGUUGGGUCCACUGGUUAAGUAAGGUGGCGAAAAACAUCUUCUACCCCUCAGUAUCACUGCCCACCCACAUCCGUGAGUACCUGUUUGACUCGGCUGCUUCGGAUGCACCACAGUUGCUGAGCGCCGAGCCAGACGUGGAGAUUUGCUGCGAGAGGCUGGAGGUCCUUACAACAGAUCCUGGUGUUGCUGAGGUUACCCAGGUCAUCAUGGAGGACCGUGAACCACCAGACAUCUUCAGGCAAAGUGGCAGAAUGUGGAGCUGUCACAGUAGUGGCGAUUCUGGUAUUUACUCCACAGAGGAGGGCUCGGGUCUCAGGCAGAACGGAAGUGGAGAAGUAAAGAUGAAGAAGAUUGCUGGAAUGAAUGAGAGCGAUGAGCUGGAUGAAAGAAUGCAGACUGUAAGCGUUUAGUCUUUGAAAACAGCUUUUCUCAAUUUUGUUCUGU